CCGAACUGCGACAUUUUCCUUUUCUGCUUCGCCGAGGAAAGCGAACCCCGGUUCAAUCGUCAGUGUCAAGCUUCGUUUGCGAGUGAACGAGUAUAAUUCGCGAAGAUGAACAAGACGUGCAUCAUCAUUUUGUCGAUCCUGCUGAUCGAAGGCUGCUACUCGACGCCCGUGCAGAGGACGAGGAGGCAGUCUGAAACGGCAACGGAAGCAACGGUCUCGGCGGAAAAAGAACCGAGCCUGGAGAAGUUGGAAACUCUCGACUCGGAAAGCAGAGAUAAGCAAGACUCGCUUGCGGAAUCUGAUGGAGAGAGAGGAGGCGACUCGGAGGAAUCCAAGGAGCUCGAGAGCGAGGAGCACGAGGCAGUUGAGGAGAUCGGCGAAGCUAAGGAGCCAUCACUGCCAGCAGCAGCAGCAGCAGCAGCAGCAGCAGAAGAGGAGUCCGACGAUGAAGAUGAACCGGCAGUAGCGCCAAAAGGGGUCGAGGAACUUUAUCGAGAAUCCAAAGCCGAGUUCGAGAAGAACGGCAAGGAGGAAGAGGCUGGCGCCGAGAAAGGAUCGGCAGCGAGCGACAAGCUGAAGAAGGACGACGAGCUUCAAUCCGCUGUUGGCGACGUUGCGCCGGCCGCUGGCGGCAUCUUCAGUGCGCUCUCUCAGAUGUGGCAAACCGUGACCAGCCUCGGCUCCAGCUGGGAGCACUGGACGAGGAUAUUCAACGCUUUCACGGCGCUGGCUGGCUUUUAGUUUUAGCGCCCGGAAGAGACAGACGACUGGCGAAUUCCAUUAGGCAAUUAACUUAUUUUCCUAGCUGUAGGUAGAUUUUUUGUACGAGAAAUAAAUUAUUGCAAAAGACGCUAACCGAA